CAAUCCCGUCGACCUCCCUCCACGACUCAAUCUUUGGAUCAUCUGCAUCUCCGACCGCAUUUUUUCAGUCCCAGUAUCCAUUGGCUGCCUUAGAGAUUUUGCAAGAAUUGCACUGCGCCCGCUCGUUACGACACUCUCCCGCCGCCCAUAGCGCUUCACGAACAACCCUCGAACAGCUUUUGCCCUCCUCAACAUCGAGGAACAACCAACACCGUUCCACGCAUUCACGAGGCACGAAAACCCGACACACCCUCCCAAUCUUGGACGUGGUUCAUGGGCGCCAGAGGAUAGCACAAGCACCUUGCGCUGCCGGGGCUCUCCAUUGUCUGAACCGAUACUCGAUGCAACUGGACCCGGUCUUCGACUCCCAUGCGCAAACGCGAGCUACCCUGGCUUUCCCUAGUUUCCAAUCUCACAUAAGUUGCUGCUGCCCACCCAGUGCCUUCUCCUCGUCUGCACCUUAAUCCGAGGCACUGCACCAAUCCGAACCGCUCCACCCAACCCACCGCGAAUGCCAGGUAGAUGGCCGAUGGUACUCGCUAUCUGGACCACCCUGUCGGAGAUCUCUACCUCAACUCCUUCCUAUCGAAAGAAACCGCCGCCGCCACCGACGCCGUACUGUUGAACACGCUCCUGGGCCGAUUCGCCGCGAAAGACUCCUCUCCAAACCCAUCAUCUAACCCGAACCCACGGGCCAAUCUGCUAGGCAUGUUCUCACAGAAUCACCAGCAGGGCCACAACUCCCGCAUCAAUGGGGGCCCCGGCGGCCGGGGCAUCCCCAUGCUGUACAACUACCAACAGCAACAGCAACAACACCACCAGACUCACCUCCAGCACCACCAGGCUGCCCAAGCCGAACAUGCUGCGCACAACGGCAAUGGCGGUGUCAUGGGCCACCACUCGGCCUUCUCCUCUGGCGUCAUGGGAAACUCGAGUCCAUACAGCUCCAACGGCUUGCAGAACGGCCAGGGAGGGGCGUCGCGGGGAGGCCAAGCACAACAGAUGACCGAACACUGGGCCGAGCAGCUGCGGCUCUACGAAGAGUCUAAGCAAGCCCACCGCGCCAUGACCGAACAGAACCAACCGCACUACUACGCCAGACUCAAGGCCUCGGAGAACCGUGGUAUCGCGGGUCCCUCCCCCACCUCUGGCAAGAACGGCGACGACGACGCGGACGACAGGAGACGGCCGUACAGCGUGGAGAAGAACGCCAAGGAACGGCAGAACUGGCACAACAUGGACCUGAGCGGUCAAGGGCUCCGGAACCUCGCUCCGGCCCUCUUCCGCUACCAGUUCCUCCACGAUCUCUUCAUUGCCUCCAAUAGACUACAGACCCUACCCGCGGCCAUUGGGCAAUUGCGCCAGCUCCGUUAUCUCAACGUGUCGUUCAACCAGAUCAAAGACCUCCCCGCCGAACUCGGCAUGUGCACAUAUCUCAACCAACUGCUCCUCUUCGACAACCAGAUCCACACCCUCCCCUUCGAACUGGGCUCCCUACACCUGCUGGACGUCCUCGGUAUCGAGGGCAACCCUAUCGACCCGGAAAUGAAGCAAGAGAUCAUGGAGAAGGGCACAAAGAGCUUGAUUAACCUGUUGAAGGAGCAAGCUCCAGUGCCGCUGCCGCCCUCCCCUCGAAAGUACAUUACUGUUCAAGAAGAUGUGUCGCCUACGUUGGAAAGGGUCAAGGUCUUCUCCUGGAAUGUUCUGUGUGACAAGUACGCGACGCCGCAAACGUAUGGAUACACGCCGACGGGUGCUUUGAACUGGGAAUACCGAAAGGCCUGCAUAUUUGACGAGCUACGCGAGAAGGAUGCCGACCUGCUGUGCCUGCAGGAGAUCUCGACCGAGGCAUUCAAGGAGGAAUUCAGCCCGGAGCUGGCGCAGAUGGAUUACAAGGGAGUGCACUGGCCCAAGACCCGCGCCAAGACAAUGGCCGAGAAGGAUGCACAGGGAGUCGACGGUUGUGCGACAUUCUACAAGGCCAGCAAGUGGAUCCUGCUCGACAAGCAGGUCAUUGAGUUCGCUGCCAUCGCUAUCAACCGCCCGGACAUGAAGAACCAGCACGACGUCUUCAACCGUGUCAUGCCAAAGGACAACAUCGCCGUCGUUGUCUUCCUCGAAAGCCGAGCCACAGGCUCGCGUAUCAUCCUCGUCAACGGACAUUUGGCAUGGGAGUCCGUCUUGGCAGACGUCAAGCUUAUCCAGACGGGUAUCCUAAUGGAGCAGAUUACGAAAUUCGCCGAGAAGUACGUCCGCUGGCCGGCGCUCAAGGACAAGAAGCUCAUUACCUUCUCUGCUACCGGCAAAGACGGGGACGAGCCGCCGCCACCAGCAAAAGAGCCGGGUCCCAGUCAGGAAUACCGAAACAACACCGACAUCCCCCUGCUGGUGUGUGGAGAUUUCAACUCGACGGAGGACAGCUCGGUCUACGAGCUGUUGUCCAUGGGCCGCGUCCCGCCAAACCACCAGGAGCUGUCCAGCUUCCAGUACGGCAGCUUCACGCGAGACGGCAUCGAACACCCCUUCAGCCUGCGGGACGCCUACGCGCACAUCAAAAACACGCCCGACGAGAUGCCCUUCACCAACUACACGCCUGGUUUCUCGGAUGUCAUCGACUACCUGUGGUACUCGACCAACACGCUUGAAGUGGUGGAUCUGUUGGGCCCGCCCGACGCUACAUAUCUCAAGCGGGUGCCAGCGUUCCCCAACUACCACUUCCCGGCCGACCACAUCCAGAUCAUGGCCGAGUUCGUCAUCAAGGCCAGGAAGGACAAGAAGUCGCCCCACCCGGAGCCGGAUUUUGGAUCAGGAAGCCAAGGGCAAGGCCGUUAAAACGUGUGAUUCGACGACUUGUGUUUUCCCUUUUCUCUUUCGUACGUAGGUCUCCAAUGGGUCGUCGCAUGCGUUGAAUGGAAAUUCUUUUGCCGGAGUUUAGGAUUGCGAUGCGUUUCGCGAAUCGGAGGAACUGGCCGGGGGGGGGGGGUGGAGGAUGGUCUUUUGGAGGGGGGAAGUUGGCGAAGUUCACGAGAUUCAAUAAAAAACAACAACGGAAGAGAAACGGAGGGAACGGGGUUUUUCGUCGGAUAUGCAUCGUCACGGGUGGUAAGGGGAUGGAUGGAUGGAUGGAUAGGCUGUUGUGUGUACACGGAGUGUGUGUGUAUGCAUGGGGGGGCUCUUGUAGAUGGGAGAGGGUUGUCGCGACAUAGUCAACCAGCUGCGUUUUCUCUUGCACAUAAUGACAUCUCCAUUGGGUUCUGGAUGUUCGUGAGACUAGGUCAUGGUGGAGCAGGGCCUCUCUUCGUUUUCCAGGUUUCACGCUGGCUUUGGGCGGCGCAUUCGAGC